AUGGCGGGCGAUGGGCCGUGCGGCGGCAAUCGGGCGGCGGCGGCCGGUCGGCGGCGGUCGGCCGGCGAGGACGUGCGGCGGCAGCGGCGUCACGCGGCGUCCGCGACGGCGGCGGCGAUGGCGUCCGGCGGCAUCCGGCGACGACUCGCGGCGGUGCCGAUCGAUCGGCCUCCCGGCGGCAGCGACGGCAACUUCGCCGCGCGGCGACCGGCGGCGGCGGGCGGCGCGGCGUCCGGCGGCGACCCGGCGGCGGGCGGGUCAAUCGGCCUCCGGCGGCGGCGCGGCCGCGAUCGGCCGGCGGCGGUCGGUCGGCCUCUGCCCGGCGGCGGCGGCGGCGACGUCGGCCGGCGGUGGCGGCGGUCGGCCGCGGCGCGGCGGCGGGGCAGCAGCGAGUAG